AUGGAAACCCCUCCUCCAGAUAUUUCAAACUUGGAUCGUGUCGCGUAUCUGUUUGGAUACCCCAUUGCUCAUUCUCUAUCUCCUCUUUUUCACGGCACAAUUUUCGAGUCUCUAGCACUCAAUUACCUCCAACAUUUAUAUGAAACUCGAACCCUCACAGAUUGCCUCGAGCUCACCAAAAACCCCAAAUUUCUCGGCGCUUCCGUAACCAUGCCCUUCAAAGUAGCCAUCAUUCCAUACCUCGACCAACUUUCUCCUGAAGGCGCUGCCAUUGGCGCCAUAAAUACUAUCUACCACCGUAUAUCUGCAUCAGGGGAAAAGAUCCUAUGCGGAACGAACACCGAUUGUAUAGGAAUCCGCGAAGCUCUCCUUCAAAACGCAACACCAUCAACGAUAUCAAAUAUAAAAGGGUCAGCAGGCAUGAUUAUUGGAGGUGGGGGAACCUGCCGCGCAGCCGUCUAUGCACUGAAGAAAUUCCUCGGUUGUGAAACUAUAUAUAUGGUCAAUCGGGAUAAAUCCGAAUGCGAUGCCGUAAUUGCCGAAUGCAGUAGCAAUGGAUUUGGAGAUGGAUUAUUAUAUAUCGAAUCAAUAGCUCAAGCGAAAUCAUUACCAGCACCCACAGUAAUCGUCUCUGCAAUUCCAGAUUUCACACCGGUAUCCGAGGAUGAACAUAGAGCGCGAGGAAUCAUUACGGAAUUUUUAGAUAAAGAGGGUGAAAAGGGUGCGAUUUUGGAAAUGUGUUACCAUCCAAGUCCGGAUACACAAAUUGCGGCAUUGGCUGUGGAAGCUGGAUGGCAGGUAGUGGGUGGUGUAGAGGCGAUGAUUAAUCAAGGGCUGGAGCAGGAUAAAGUGUGGUUGGGAGUUGAGCUUGAGGAUUUACCGGUGAAGGAGGUGAGAAGUGUUGUUUUGGAAAAAUUAGCGAGUGAUAGGGCGAAGCAUGCGAGGAUAUAA